AUGUCGUCCCUCCCUCUCGACACCUUCGACCUAGACCCGACAAAACCCAACCUCAACGCAAGGGACCUGAACGCCAACCUUCUCCACACCGACACCUCCCUCCAAAAACGCUACACAACAAUCUCGAUCCCAUCAACAUACGGCCGACUACAAACAAGCCCGGCCGCCGGCACAGUAGUGGGAAUCAUACUAGGAAGCGUAGCAGGCUUCGUACUGCUAAUGUACGUACUCUUCCUCGCGGUGAACCCGGGGGGCAUUGCACGGGGCGGCGUAGCCGCGCCAACCUCAUCCUCGAUAUCGAUGUCGAUGUCGAUGGACGAAGAAGAGGUCGUGGAGGUGCGCAAGCGGCGCGGCUCAUCCGCUGGACGGCGCCGACGCGACAUCAUCGAGGUCGAGGAAAGAGAGGGCUUCCGCGAUAGUUAUCGGCGUCGUCCGACGUCGAGACAUGAUCGUGUCGUUGUAGAGGAGUCUCUGGCUACUUCUACUACUGGGGAGGAUGUUAUUGAGGUUGAGGAAGAGGAGUCUUCGGUGCCUUCUGAUAUUUCGCCGCGUCCGCCGCGGAGAUCUAGGAGGAGUGGGAUUAGGCAUGUUGAUCCUAUGGCUUAUGGUGGGGGUAGUGAUUAUAGUAACCAUCGGUGA